UUGAUUCGUUUAAGCAGAAAGCCCUUGCCUAACGCAUUUAACUAGGUUUAAAAUUCGACAAAGUGGGCGAAUUUAAUUGGCACAAUUGUAAAUAUUUAAACGGUAUUGAAAGAUCCUCAGUGAAACUGUUUAGCUGCAACCUUUGUUUCCCCAUUCAUACGCACUUGUUUUUAAUAGAAUAUUGUUUGCCACAAAUCAAAAACCCAAACCUAGACAUUAACUAUAUUUUAAAAGACAAAAAUGCUUCCGACAACCAAGUCGAUUUCGGUCGAGUCCUGUGAAUCUGAAACCGGAAGAGAACGCUGCGGAUGAACUUUUAUUCCGGCAAGCGGAGGUGGCUUACACUCGAAUAGGAAAUCCCCCUUUUUGGAGAUGGGCGGUUUUCGCGGUUAACCUUUUUCUAUUGAUAAAUAUAACAGAAUCUGAUUCACAAAAACAAUGAGCCUGCAUUGGCCGCGUUUAAAUUUAGCCAAACAAUUUGGUUGUUUUGACAGCAAUUAAUCGGUCGACUGCUGCUGCUGCAGCGGCCAAAUGCCAAGUGUUAAGGCGUAAAUCAGUGCGUCUAACAAUAGUGCCGGCGAUUAGAUUUGGCACACGCGAUGCGACCAUGUCGUCGGAACAUCCAACUCCAAGUGCGGAUGCUCGGCGGCUGCUCAUGUGCGAGUUCUGCGGCUAUCGGACGGGAGUCUCUUGGAACCUGCAGGUGCAUCGGCGACGACACACUGGCGAGAAGCCUUUCAGAUGCGAAACCUGCCAGGCGAGCUUCUCUGCCAGUUAUCAGUUGAAAACUCAUCUAGAACGACACUUGGACGCCGGGGAACGUCGUUUGAAGCACAUUUGCACCGAUUGUAAUGUGGGAUUCUCCAGUUCCCGCGCUCUUUACCACCAUAAGCCACUUCACGAGGAUGAGAAACGCUACAAAUGCUCGAUGUGCGACAAAUCGUUUGCCCAGGCAGCGGGCUAUGCCCAGCACAAGAGGAUCCAUCGCCGAAGAAUUCAAAGAGUUACGGAAUUCAAGAGCUCCUUUAAUGUAAAUCCAAAACAACCGCAGAAUGUUGAGGAAAAAGCCAAUGUGCAGAACUGACUUUCGGCAGCGUUAGUUUAUUUCGUUUCAUUAAAUUCGAAAAAGUA